AUGAGAAGAAUGGAAUAUAAUCCUGAUAUUCCUGAGCUUUUUAUACAAAAACCUUACCGAUGGAAUCAAGAACCAGUUCAUGCAGACGAAAUAAUAGCUCCUUUGCAUAGAAUUCCAGCACAAGAACCAGUUCAUGCAGACGAAAUAAUAGCUCCUGUGCCGAGGAUGCCAGCACAAGAACCAGUUCAUGUUGAUGAAAUAAUAGCUCCUGUGCCGAGGAUUCCAGCACAAGAACCAGUUCAUGUUGAUGAAAUAAUAGCUCCUGUUCUGAGGAUGCCAGCACAAGAACCAGUUCAUGCAGAUGAAAUAAUAGCUCCUGUGCAGAGGAUAUCUUUUGUUUAUAAUUCAACCGGUGAUUCUGCCCCUUGGAUCCGUGUAAGAACUCGACCCCGGUUAGAAGUUCCACUUCCACCAUUAGAGGAAAUGGAAGCACUAGUGGAAGAUGAGGUACCGGCUCUUCUGCCUAUAGCAGCACCUAGAAAUGAUCCACCUGUGCCAGCACCUUCGAACUGUGGACAUGACGAUUUGUGA